UCUCUCCUGGCGCCACCUUCACAGCACCAACCCCCCUUCAUCCCUCCCUCCCAGCGCCACCUGCAGCACCCCUGCACCGGCCCCUUCCUCCUCACGCGCCGCCUGCACCAACCCAAACGCCGGCUGCAGGCGCCGCCGAGCCUCCCUCCGCGCCGGGCCGUUCCUCCCUCACCCAAUCAUGCACGGGCUGCGUGGGCAUGGCACCCUGCGGCCGCGGCGGAGCGGACAACUUGGGGAAUUAUGGAAUGAUGAUGGUGCUGUUUGAGACGCCUUCUGGCUUUGCAAUUCUAACUAUUGAUGGGGUGUGCCUGUACCUUCCAGAUGCCAUGGAGAAUAUCUGGGCAAACUUCACAGUUGGUUAUAGAGCACGAGAUGUUGUUUGGCUCAAGGAAUUUAAAACUUUUAAGGACAAGUCCAGCGCCAUUAGGCUUGAUACUGGUGUUGACAGCAAGCUGUCUAAGAUGAUCAUGAAGUGGCGCCGUCGUGGGCAGACGUUGGUUGUUGGGAAACCUGAAUAUAAAACAAUCAUAGAAAUGAACAUGGGUAUACGCUGCCUGUGUGAUGAAAGUGUGAUGAAGGUGAUGUGGGGCCUCAAGAAUAUCAUGCCUACUUUAGUACCUGAAGAAAAAUCACGGCUGACUAGGGAGGACCGCCUUCCCAUGAGUCAAGGACUAAUAAAGUUCCUGAAUCGUUAUGGCUUUUAUAUCGAACCAGAGAUGGUUAAUGAGCAGAUUAUUCUGGCAGCCUGUACCUUGCUUGAUUGUGAACUUAUUGAGCAGAAACAUUGUGCAGCCUUGAAAAAGGCUGGUGAGCAAAUUAAGGAUGUGUCUGGCAUCAACACAAAUGGUUGGAGCUUACUGAAACUUGCAACAGCACUGAUGAUUAUAUUGUAUCCUGAAGAAAAUAUCAUAGCAGGAAACCCUAAAAUGAUGUUUACAGAUGCUGAGCGAUUGAAGUUGCAGGAAGAUGUACAGGAUUACAAUGGCAAAUUCUUUAAGUGGGCAUGCCAGAGGAUUUACAAAGAAACUAGAUUGCCCAUAAAGCUAGAUCGCCGACUUUUGCAUUAUUGACCUCCUUGGUUAAGGAGGCUAAAGAAGCAUAUGAAGCUGAAGGAAGUGCCCAAGAGGCUAAAGAAGCAUAUGAAUCUGAAGGAAGUGCCCAAAAAGCGACUAGCUGAAACUGUUGCAUCUGGGGAUUGUAAGCAUGUAGGUGUUGACACUUCGAUGUUAUUAUUAAACAUCUAGUUCUGCCAUCUUGCUAUGUCAGUUGGCCGGCAUAUAGAACUUUAAGCAUGUACUAUUCUAGCUAUUUUCUGGUUUUGACUUUGUUAUCUGGAAGUGCAAACUCAGUUUGACUCUUCAACUUGAGUUAAAUUUACAAACUUGGCCACAGGUUCUGCGUGGUUCUCAUACUUUUGUGG